AUGCCACUCACCAUCGAACCCCUCCAUCCCACCUUCACAGCAGAGAUCCGCGGGGUAGACUUCUCCAAGCCGUUGACAGAAGACGUCUUCCAAGAGAUCCAAGCUGCCAUCACAAAGUAUGGAGUCUUAGUAUUCCCAGCAACAGGCCUAGACGACGAACGCCACGUCGCCUUCGCCAGCCUCUUCGGCGAACUCGAGCGCCGCAAAGACACCGGCGCGCCUUCGCGGAUGAGUCUGCCCGAGUUGACGGACCAGGGUAACGUCGACGCCAACGGUACCGUCAUCAGCUCUCAAGAUCCGCGGGCUCAGAUCAGCAAGGGGAAUACGCUCUUCCAUGUCGACAGCAGCUUCAACGCCCAGAGAGCAAGCUACUCAAUCCUCUUGGCCCACGAGAUUCCCCCUUUGGAAGCUGGCGGCAACACUGACUUUGCUGAUACGCGAGCGGCGUGGGAUGAGCUCCCCGACGAAUGGAAGCAGGAACUCCUUUCCAUGAAUUACGUUGCCGGUCACUCGUUCUGGUAUUCCCGCAAAAAGGCGUGCCCCGACUUCUUCGCAAAGUUGGAUCCGGCGAAGCACCCAAUGAGCAAGCACAAGGUCGCUCAGCUCCACGAGGCCAGCGGGAGGAUGAACCUGUUUGUACCUUCGCACUGUCACCACAUUGAUGGCCUCGAGGAUGAUGAAGGGAGGGAGAAGCUGGAAUACCUUUACCGCCACGCCACACAGGACAACUAUAGGAGGGAUAUGAGGAGGGCGACUGUGCUGGAUAGGAGCCAGGAGGCUUGGGGGCUAAACGAGAAGGUCGAGAGGGACUUUGCGUUUGCGGGUGAAGUCAUGGCCGACGUGCUUCGAUGUUUGUCUGGCUGA